AUGGCAGAGAACAAGGCAGACGCUCCAGCAGCUAACAUGCUCUGGGGAGGCCGGUUCACAGGUGCAAUUGAUCCUCUCAUGUAUAAGUACAAUGCCUCCAUCAACUACGACAAGGCUCUUUAUAAGGAGGACAUCCUUGGAUCGAUCGCUUUUGCCCGUGCCAACUCGAAGGCUGGCAUUAUUAGCCAAGAUGACUUCCAGGCGAUUGAGCGUGGUUUGCUCCAGGUGAUGGAGGAAUGGAAGCAAGGAACUUUCACCAUCAUGCCAAACGACGAAGAUGUGAGACGCUACUUGAUUUUACUCGAUAUUUAG